GGGGGACGUGGGGAGCGGAAAAGAUCUCACCAGCGAGCGGCCACCUCGCGGGAUAGCUAGCUAGCUCGGUCGUCUUUAAAUACGCGCCCCGGCGAGGAGAAGCACACCACGCUGCCUCGCCGUCGUCCGUCGUCGAUCUCGUCUCUCCCGGCUGCAAGUCUAGAAGAGCGCGCGACGCAACCUCACCUCACCCUACGUGCGAGAGAGUGCUGAAGCUGGCGGAGAUGUGUGGCGCGACGGCAAGGUGCGCGCUGUGCGUCGCGCCGGCGGACGUGCACUGCGCGGCCGACGCGGCGUUCCUCUGCGCGCCCUGCGACGCCAGGGUCCACGGCGCCAACUUCCUCGCCUCCCGCCACCGCCGCACGCGCGUCUACGCGCACAAGGCUGCGCCGGAGGAGGAGGAGGCCCUGUCCGGGAUGACCACGUCCAGCUCCUGCGUGUCCACCGCCGACUCCGCCACAACGGCGACGACGGCGGCGCCGCUGGGGCGGAGGCCCAAGAUCAGGAGCAGCCCCCGCGCGCGGGGUGAGGAGGUGCUCGAGGGGUGGGCCAAGAAGAUGGGCCUUCCGGCGGCGGUGGCGCGCAGGCGCGCCGCGGCGGCAGCGCGCACGCUCCGGGCCGUGGCCGCGGCGCCGAGGAGGGUGCCGCUGCGCGUCGCGAUGGCGGCCGCGCUGUGCCUGGAGGUGAUGGCGGCUCACGUCGGCGGCGCCCACGAGGCCGGCGACGCGCUACGGCGGCUGGAGGCGUGCGCGCACGUGCCGGCGAGGGUGCUCGUGGAGGUGGCUUCGUCCAUGGGCCGCGCGCGCGCCAGCAGACCGGCCGCCGCCGCCGUGGACGCCGAGGAGGGCUGGGGCGAGUGCCCGUGAGGCAACGCAGGAUCUUCUCCAACAACACAUGACCCGUGACUCAUGAGAAGGCGGCUAAUUAAGCUUUCUUGUUCGUUAAUUUGGUAGUAGUAGUAGUAGUAUAUUUCUAGAGAGUUGAGUAAAAGUUGAUCAAAUCUUGUUGUUAGUUAGAAGGAUAAUACUAGUAGUACGAUGUAAUCCAAAUGGAUGGUGUCAGCCAUGGCAGUAAAGUGGAUCACAUGUUGUUCAGUACUAAUACUUCUUAGCAAUUUAGCUGGACUGAUUAGGCUUUUGAAUUAGUUAUGGAUCUCUCAACACUAUGUAGAAUGGUUUAUAUACUCUCAACAAUAUGUAGAAUGGUUUAUAUA